CUGUCUGUCUGUCUGUCGGCCAACUCAACUCCGCCCUGCAGGGGUCGCAUUCACGGCGAGAAUGCCUUCUCAUCGAAGCUUGACCGAUCCAUCUGAAAUGACACAAAGCACGACACAACACAACACACCAAAUGACCUCCUCACACGAAAUGACCUACACACACCACUCUUCCUGUCUGUCUGUCUGUCUGCCUCAGUCGGUGAUGCGGACAUAGUGAGGCUCCGGCAGUGCGGCCGUCGGGGAGGAUGAUGACCGGUCGUAGGCCUCUCGCGCCAGCUCCUGCAGUGGCGGCUGCGGCCUGGUGGUCACCAGGGUGACCCCCCCUUGCCCCUCGGCCGUCGGCCGCAUCUCCACGCCCAGCAGGUUGACGUCCCACGCACGGGAAAACGGCUCGUGCAGCUGACGGUCCACCCUGUCAGUCAGUCACACGUGUGAACACACCAACACAUACACAGGCCCAUCGAUGAGCACAUCAGUGCCAUCCAUCCAUCCAUCCUGUCUGGCGGUGGUGUGUGUGUGUGUGUGUACCAGUAGAAGACGUAUAGAACGGCCCAGUGCGGCACGAGCAGGCCGAAGAGCCUCGUGACGAUGUACACGAACACCUCUAAUGGAGGGAUGUGCUGCAACAAGAGCCGAAAUAGACAAACAAGACACCCUUGCAGUGUGUGACAGGCGACGCCACUUGGUCGUGUGUGUGGGCCUUGUGUGUGUGUGUGUGUGUGUGUGUGCAUGGCUACAUACAUUUAGGAAGUGUUCGCAGUGGCUCUCCUUCUCGUACCGCAUCUGCGUCAGCAACACGACGUCCCACACAACCGUUAUCUGCAGCAGACACACACGAACAGACAGCCAGCCGAUUGUUUAUGCAUCUGUCUGUGUACCUGCCUGCCUGUCUGCCUCAUACAUACAAUACAUGCAUACCAGUGCUGACAGCGCCUCGAUUGUCACGAGUAUCAACAGCUGGUUUCGCUUCUGACCUGACCGAUACGAUAGAUACACCGCACACAACACACACACUCGGAUAAGCCAGCCAGCCAGCCAGCCUUGGUAUCUAUCCACUACCAAUCGACCGACCGACCGAGGAAUCGCUCUUCGCUCGUCCUGGGCCCGACACUCCUCCUGCGACCGCGGUGACCACCCCAGUCCAUCGACCCGUCGCUCUCUGACCUCGCCGGGCGAGGCGCACCGAUGGUCGGCAGAUGCCGAGACGGAAGCGCCGACAUUCCCUCAGGCCCUCCCCGAGCGUCGGAUGGCCGCUUGAGUCCCCACUCCACCUCCACAUCCACAUGAUUCCGGUGGUCAUCGAGCGGCUCGUCGUCGUCUGCAGCCAGUGGACCUUGACAGCUGUCAGACGACCCCCACCGGGCGAGCCAGUCGACGACGGGACCGCCACCAGCGACCUUGGCUGUCUUGUCGCUGCCGCUGGGGCUGGGGCUGGGGCUGGGGAUGUGGUUGUGGCUAUUCAUCACGGCUGCUGCUCCUGUGUGGUCGGCUAUUGUGUCGUCGUGGCUGUUGUUUAUUGUGUGGGUGGCGCUGGCUGUGGGGAUGGUAUCGUGUGUGGGAGGGGGGGAGGGGGGCGGGUUGGCGCCCAAGCCUCUUCCUUGCUGCUGCUGCUGUAUGGGGUUGGUGUUUUCGAAUUCCAUGCUGCCGCUGCGCGAAGACGUGGAUGCCUGGAUGUAGUCAUGGUGGGGAUAGUAGUGGGUGGUGUCCGAGUCGUCGGUGCCGUCGGCCGUCACCUCCAUCGCCGCCUCCUGGAAGGUCGGCGCCAAAGGGAAGAUGUUCUGAAGGUGAAGAAAACGUCUGCAGUACAGGGAGACAAACAGGCUGACGGCAUGCGGAAAGCUUUCUCUGCAGGCCAUGGGUCAGUGGCUUGCCUGAAUGCUCGCAGGCCGAGCACAAGGACGAGGGAGGCAAUGAUGAGCCAGCUGGCCGACAGCAGGAGCCAAUUGCUGUCUGCAGACCAAGGUCAAAUCAGCGAGUGAGGUUCCACAGCGCUCUCUGUGUCCCUCCCUCCCUCCCUCCCUCCCUCACCCACCUCUGCACACCGCGUCGUCGGGCUCGCGAAACUGAACCAAACAAAAGGCGAGCACACAAAACAUGCAGCCACAAGUGGAUCGAGAGCAACAAGAGUGUCGUGGCGCAUAGCAUACAUCAGCGUACCACGACGAUGUAGAGGUAGAGGAGGAGCGUGUAGACACACACGCACACAAACACCGUGUGGAUGUACCUGACACAAUGGACACACGGCACGCCACACAGACACACACAAUCCAUGAGCAUAUCAUUCAACUGAGGACAGUCCCACUUGUGGACUCUUGGGUUGGUGGUGCAUCCGGCGACGAAGAGCCAAGAGAUGAGUGUUGCCUGGAAGAUCUUGAGGGCCCUUUGCAGCAGCACGAUCUCCACCAGCUCCCGCACGCCGUAGUAGACGAACCCCAGCAGCGUCUGAGCCGCCGACAGGUACAGCACACACAGGUCCGGCGUCCCCACUGGAUGGAACGACUUCCACAGCUUCCACAGCACCACGCAAAAGACCGCGAACGUCGCCAGGCACACCACUCCCAACGCGUACGCCCGCGUGCACUCCCAGAACCCCGCGCACGUCUCGCCGAACAUUCUUGACAAGACAGAUAGGAUGUGAUGUGGCUAGUCUACCGGGCUGGUGUCUGAAACCGCAUCCUCUUCGCUGUUCGCAUCCUCGCGCUCUCUU